AUGACUACAGCAGAGGACCGAGGUAUUGGCCAAGGCUUCUGGGGCAACUUUCUCUGCAGCCUGGUGCGCAGGCUCGAAGAAUGGUUACUCCCCAUCCGCAUGCGCCUCGGCAGGAAGAUCAUGUACGACGAGCAGCGGAAAAUCGUGCAAGUGUCGAGCCGGCAACUGAUCAAAGGGCCGUGCUCGCAGCAGGAACUGGAAGCCAUGCAGUAUGCCGCCUCGAGCACGUCGGUGCCUCUGCCCCGUAUCCAUCGGACAUAUCAGCUACGCCAAGGACUAUUCAUCGCCAUGGACUACAUAAGUGGCGAAUCUCUCGAGGACCUGUGGACUCGUCUGACCGACGAGGAGAAGCGCAAAGCCGUCGCCCAGGUGUGGGACAGCGUGAGGCAGCUUCAUGCAUGUUGCCCGCCCUCUGGGCUCGGUGGCAUGGCUGCCGCGUCAGUCGGCGGCGGACCAGUUCGCGACGGAGCACUCGGCGUGGAAGACGAUGGACCAGCCGGGCUUGGUCCGUUUGUCGAGUCUGCUGAUUUCGUAUCCGUCCUUGAUGAGCGGACCGACUUUGCGGAGUUUCCUCGCCAGCCGGACCAAGUCGCUUUUGUUCAUGCGGAUAUAUGCCCGCGGAAUAUUAUCCGAGCCGCAGAUGGGAAGUUGUAUCUUAUUGACUGGGAGUUUGCCGGAUGGUGGCCGCUAUAUUGGGAGCGCAUCAAGUGGCAUUUUGCGGAUUUUCCGCCCAUGCCGGAUUUUAUUCGUCUCAUGGACGAGUUUUCCGCUGAGGAGUCUGGGAAACUGUCACAUAGCAACGGGACGCUUGACCCGACGCGAAACGAGGGAUAG